UUUUGAUAGAAGCUUGUCUCUGAAAGACUGGAAUAAAGAACAUAAUGACCACUUUGGAUGAUAAACUGCUUGGUGAGAAGCUCCAGUAUUACUACAGCAGUAGUGAGGGUGAGGAUGAGGACAGUGAGAAAGAAGAUAAAGAAGGGGAGAGCGCCAUGCCCGGGAGCGUUGGGGACGUAGAGCUUAGCAGCGACGGCAGUGCAGUCAACACAGGUCCCAAAGGAGUCAUUAAUGACUGGCGAAGAUUUAAACAACUGGAAACUGAACAGCGGCAGGAGCAGCGCAGAGAGAUGGAACGACUCAUUAAAAAGUUAUCCAUGACGUGUAGAUCUCGCUUGGAUGAAGAGGCUGAUAAGCAGAAGCAGAAAGAGCUUCAGGAAAAAAUCAAUGGAAAGAUGACGUUACAGGAGUAUAACAUGAUCCACAACGAUGAAGACGAUGAGGAGUUCUUGCAGCGAUACAGGAAGCAGCGAAUGGAGGAGAUGAGGCAGCAGCUGUACAGCGGGCAGCAGUUUAAGCAGGUUUUUGAGAUUACCAGUGGGGAAGCGUUUUUGGACACGGUUGAUAAAGAGCAUAAGAGCACACUGAUCAUGAUCCAUAUUUACGAGGAUGAUAUCCCUGGCACCGAAUCCCUGAACGGCUGCAUGAUCUGCCUGGCUGCUGAGUACCCAACAGUUAAAUUUUGCAGAGUGAAGAGUUCGCUGAUCGGUGCGAGCACGCGCUUUACUAACAACGCUCUGCCGGCUCUGCUGAUCUAUAAGGCAGGUGAGCUCAUCGGCAACUUUGUGCGGAUCACUGACCAGCUUGGAGAAGAUUUUUUUGCUGUAGACCUGGAGGCUUUUCUGCAGGAAUGUGGUUUGCUUCCAGAAAAAGACCUCGUGCUCCUGACUUCUAUACGUAAUCCAUCUGCAUGUUACAGUGAGGACAGUGAUCUGGAGAUUUCGCACCGAGGGCCAGUAGGUGUAGCUGUACUGUGGGGUGUUCUUGUGCUAGGGAUUGUUCUCUUGCUCCCUUAGUGUGGGUAUGUACUCUUCCCCUUCGUGCACUUUGACUUCUGCUUGUUAAAAAUAACGUAAGGAAUUUGUAACA